GAAGUCAUCUUACAUAUCCCUACUCUUCUGCAGGCACAAAACAUCCAAACACCAGAGGAACACUGCGUCGGAAACCCAAUGUCUUCGAUACCAGCAAUAUGUCGAACCUGUCUCGAUCCAGAGGGUCGAUAUUUCCAAAUUUCCGAUUAUGUGGAUGAGAGCUUGAGUAUCAUCGAAAUUCUAGAUGUAAUUGUGCCCCAAAUUCGUAUCAUGGAAGAAAAGCAUUCUGAAUUUGCGCCACUUAUAUGCGAGGAAUGUUUGGAAAAGUUGUUGCAGUCUUACAGAUUUCAACAGCUGUGUAUUGAUGCUGACAACCAAUUAAGGAAACUGUUUGAAGAGGAUGCAGAGAGCCAGGAAAUGCAGAUGGACACCAAAACGCCAAUAGAAUUUUUGGUAGAUGAAAAGAACGAUGUUAAAGUGGAAAUUGAAUAUGUAAUUGAAAGUAGCGAAGUUAAGGACAUAGUUAAUCCAAAUGUGGAGACCUGUAUAGAGUUGGCAAAUGGCUCCAAUGAAGAUGAAACAGAAGAGGAACAUAUUGAAGUCGUUGAAAAUACUGAGGAAAUAAUUGACAUCUUGGAAUCAAAUACACCUCCAAUCUCCGACACACAACAUUUCUGCAGGAACUGUGAUAAGAAAUUUGAAAGUUUAUCCUGUUUCAAAGCCCAUUGUUGCUCGAAACCCGUAGUCCGUUCAGUUUUCAAUUGUGAAAUGUGUCAUAUCACUUUUCCAAAUGACAAAACCUACAAAGCCCACAUACUUGAGCACGAGGAAGAGGAAAACAAUAACAUCAAUGUUGAUAAUAAUGAAAAUGUCCUGGGAGAAGAUGAAGUAGAAGUUGACAUAGACCAAAUGAUAACCAAAGAAGCAGAAGAGGAGCACUUAAAGGAGGACACAGCUGAAGAGGAGGUUGGAACAGAGACAAUCAUAGAUAAUUGGUCUGAUCUUAAUGACAAUAGUGAUGAGUAUACGAUCACAAACGAGCAAAACUCUUCCGCAGGAGACUGUGAAGAAGCCUUGAUAGAAAAGGCAAGUGAUAAAAAUCGCCGUAAUUGUCGCUAUCCAUGUGAGGUGUGUGGAAAGAUUUAUGAUCGUAUAUCGCGUCUACAACGCCACAGCCGAGUCCAUUCGCUGCAUAAAAAGUAUGAAUGUGAAAUAUGUAAGGCACGCUUCUCCACUGCCAGUUACCUGAAAAUCCAUCAAGAUAAACAUUUACAACAGGACCACGCUAACGAAACACCUCCGCCCGGUGGCUACAAAUGUCCCGAUUGUCCAAGACGAUUUGAAAAAUUAACUGCCUUAUCCGGACAUCGACGUUCACAUUCCGAUAAACAGCAGAUAACCAAGAAAUUACUCUGCAACUACUGUCAACGUAAGUUUCUGUCAGAGAAAACCCUAACGGAGCACAUACGUAACAAACAUCCCGAUGAGAAAUACAUGUGUGAUCAAUGUGAUCGCACAUUUGUCCUGCACUCGAAACUCAUAGAGCAUCUUAGCGUACAUCGUGAACUUAUUUGUGAUAUUUGCCAAAAGGAGUUUGCCUUCGAGAGUCUGCUAAAAGAACACAUGCGCACUCACAGUGGAGAAUGUCCAUUUUUGUGUCCACAGUGCGGCAAGACAUUUAAAUGUGGUGGUAAUUUACGUCAGCACAUAGAACGCCACUCGACCGUUAAGAGACAUGCCUGCCCCAGUUGUUCAAGACGUUUCAAAUGUCGCACCGAUUUGAAGAAACACAUGUCCACACAUCAGGGGGUGAAGAAUUAUGUCUGUGAUAUCUGUGGUAUUCGCUUUACCCGAGCAUUUAGUAUGGAACAACACAAACGUUUGCAUAUGACGAGUAAGUUGACUCAUUCGUGCGAUCUGUGUAAUAUGUCAGCUGCCAUAUCGCAGAGUCUUUUAUUCUUUAUGUCUUUUCUCGAUAGCGUUGACUCCAGUCGUACCUUAGCCAUGUCUACAAUCCUAUUGGGACGCAUUUGUCGUACCUGCCUGUUGGAAUCAUCCACAAUGCACAAAUUACUCGACACCAGAGGCGACCAAACAUUGCCCAUUGAACAAAUGCUGCAGCAAACUGUUCCAAACUUCGAUUUGCCUCUGGAUGAUGUGGACAUAUGCCUGCCUGUAGAGAUAUGUGAAGACUGUUUGGAAAAACUAACAAUAGCCUAUGGCUUUCAGCAAAUGUGUUUUGAUAGCAAUGAGAAAUUGAGAAGUCUCAUACAUCAACAGAAUGAUGGGGAGGUGGAAGAUGUUGUAAUGGUGUCACAUGUUGAUAACGAAUGUGACAAGGAAGAUCAUUUGAGCUUUGCUGGGCCAGGGGCACUUAAAUUGGAACCCGGGGAAGAGUUUAUACAAAAAGCCUUGGAACCUUGUGUUGAAACACAAUUAGACGGCGACAAAGAGGAGGUGGUAGAAAUACACAAUUUGGAUCAAAUGAAUGGUUCCGAAAAUGGUGAGAUUAAAUUGGAGAUAGAGGAUUUUGAAUGUGGAACAAGUGAUUUUGGAGAUUUUCACAAUGCUGCUGAGGAGGAUGAUGACGAAUACUGGCCAGCACACAAUGAGGCAGAAGAUACUGACAAUAGCGCGAAUGAGAAACACAAGGAAACCCCGGAAAAUCCCAAGACCCGAAAAUAUAAAAAACGUUCGACAUCAAAUGAUGCUAGUGAUAAAAUGUGUCCGCACUGCAACAAGGUUUUCAAAAAAAGGAAUUUACUAAAGCGACACAUUACUGUGCAUAAUGAAGAGUAUGAAUUUGUGUGCGAUGCUUGUCAGUAUCGCUUUCCAAGCGAAAAGUUACUUAAAGUUCAUAUAUCGUAUAAACACAAUCGAGGUGUAACCUUAAGCGUGUCCGGUGGACCUUAUCCUUGUCCGGAUUGUUCGAUGGUGUUCCAACAAACUCGUGCAUUGGCUGCCCAUCGAGUGGUACAUGCGGAGAGGGAUUUCAAGUGUCAGGUGUGUGAUGUUAUUUUGAAAACAAUGUCGGCAGUGACACGCCACAUGAACCACAAACAUCCCGGCGUUCUGCCAUACAAGUGUGAAAUGUGUGAUCAAGGCUUUCCCGUUGAAUCUCACUACAAGGAUCACAUAAAUUUACACAAAGGAUUUAAGAAACACAAAUGUGAACAAUGUGAUAAGAGUUUUCCCAACAGCACUGCCUUAAAAGAUCACGAAAGAUCCCAUACCGGCGAAUGUCCUUAUCUUUGUUCGCAUUGCGGCAAAUCCUUUAAAACCUCUAAUAUUUUACGGCAACAUUUACAACGGCAUGGUGAAAAGAACUUCCAAUGUCCCGAAUGUCCAAUGCGUUUCUAUGUCAAGGUCAAUUUGCAAAAACACAUGUGCACACAUUCCAAGGAGAAACCAUUUGUUUGUGAUACCUGUGGUUCAUCAUUUACCCGGGCAGAUUCGCUAAAGACCCACAGGUUUAAGCACACCGGCGAGAGGCCCUUCAAAUGUGAAGAGUGUAAUAUGAGCUUUGUUUUUAAACGUCAUUUGCUACGCCACAAAAUCACCCACACCGGCGAAAAGAAAUACAUGUGUACCUAUUGUGAUCGAGCCUAUGCAGCAAGUGGUGACUUGGUGAAACAUUUGAGAACUCAUUUGGGUGAGAAGACAUAUCUCUGCGAUGAGUGUCCCCAGGCGUUUAAAUAUCAUUUGGAUUUGAGAGAUCACAAGAAUCAACAUUACAAGGAGAAACAUGGUAUGGCGGCAAUGCAAGUAGAGGAAACGGAACCCACGGAAAUUGAUCAUAGUUAAAGAAAAAAAUUGUAUUUCUGAGAAUAUAUUAUUUUCUUAUUUAAAUAAAUAUAAUUUGAGUUUUGCUUUAUUAA